AGUAGACCAGACCAUGGCCAGCCGCCGGAGCGUGCUAACUGACACAUCCACUAACACAGCCUGACACUGCUCAGACGACAGGAGCGACUACGAGGAGCAGCAGCAGACACCGGAUCCGGAUUCGGGUUUCAUAUAAAGCUCGCUACGGGCACUGGCAGCUCCACAGUUUCUGUGUGGUGUGUGGCAGGCGUGAAACAUUGAAGAGGCAACCAACGGCAGACACUUGUGCAGCAUGCGGCACACCAAGUCGAUGAGCUUACUCCUUGCCCUAAUCCUCACGGUGUCGCUGGCGAUGGGGCAGCAGAAGGUGAUGUUUCUGUGCGGCACCGAGCUGAACGAUGCACUGUCCACGAUGUGUGGAAAUCAUGGCUAUAAUCGCAUGCUCAAGCGAUCCUUUGAUCCCACGGACUACAACGAUAUUGAGGCUGGCUUUGGCUUGGCCCGCCUGGACUUUGACGAGCGCUCGCUGCUGCAUCGCAUGUUUGGCGAGAACGCCGCACAGCUGAUGAAGACGCGACGUCGCCGCUUUGGGGUCUCCGACGAGUGCUGCCUGAAGCCCUGCAGCCUCCCCGAACUGCUGAACUACUGCGCCAAGCCCCCCGGACUGUAUGUCAAUUAAGGAUAAGGAAACUGAAGAUAUUGCCAGCAACUCUGAAGCGGCAGCACAUAAAAAUCUAUUUGCAAUUAUCGGACAUGGGAGACACGGGUGGAUAGCAUUGUAUGAUGUUUGUUUGUAUGCAUUACCUUGUAGGGCCAUGAAUAUUCCAACUGUCUAUAAAUUAUUCAAAUAAAUUAUCCAC